AUGGAGAACUUGGACUUGUUGGGGUUCCUCAUUAUCACCUUAAACUGCAACAUGACCAUUGUGGGCAUGCUCUGGCUGGUCGUGGCGGUUCUGCUGAGGAUGCUGGUGGUGGUCUUGGCAGGGUCCCCUAUCUACCAGGACGAACAGGAGAGGUUUGUUUGUAACACCUUGCAGCCAGGAUGUGCCAACGUUUGCUACGACUUCUUCUCCCCAGUGUCGCCGCUGCGGUUCUGGCUAGUGCAGAGCCUGGCGCUGCUCCUGCCUUCGGCAGUUUUUGGCGCCUACGCCCUGCACCGCGGUGCGAAGCUGGUUGCGGAGGGAGCCUGCAGGCCCCGGGUGCCCAACCUGUCCACCGCCUACCUGGUGCAUCUGCUGCUGCGCACGCUGCUGGAGGCGGGACUGGCUUCCCUGCACUACUUGCUCUUCGGCUUCUCUGUGCCCAACCGAAUUUCUUGCUCGCGUGUGCCCUGCUCAGGGACUGUGGACUGCUACGUGUCGCGGCCCACGGAGAAGUCUCUCCUGAUGCUGUUCGUGUGGGCUAUGAGCGCGCUAUCCUUCCUGCUUAGUCUGGCGGACCUGCUUUGCAGCUUGCGGAGGUCACGAGGGACCACUCAAGGGGUGAAGGGCGAAGCCAGACCAGUCUGCGGAGUCCCCACACUCCCCCCUUGUCUCUUACAGGACUCUCAGGGUUGUCAAAGCCAGGGUCAGGUAAACCACGAAGGCGGCCAGGAGGAGCAGGGUGCGCCUGAGUUCCUUAGCAUGUGCACAGCAGGGCAGGCAGCCGACAGUCGCGUUGGUCAGGUCAUUGUGUCAGGAUGGGUGGAGCAUUCAGACCAAGACUAUGGUGAGGCCACUUCCUCAGCUGACGACAGGUUGGUGGUGGCUCACACAGAGCAUGAGUUUAGAUCCCACAGAGAGACUUCUUCGGAUCUAGGGGGCAAAAACACCCGGUCAAGUGAGCUCCCCUUGGCCUCCCAGAGCCACCUGGUUCGGCACUGUUCAGCAAGCCAGCCUCUAGCUCCUGGUCGGCUGGCCACAUCGGGCAGCGCCCCCCACCUAAGACCCAAAAAGUCUGAGUGGGUGUGA